AAAGGCAAAUGCCAUUUCAGCCGCUUUACACUGCAACACACGAAAACACUCCAGUACAUUUUUAUCAGCCGUGAAUACAGUUUCUGUCUCAACCGUUGACUAAUUGAACGCUUGAUAGUUUUAACAUGCAACCGAAGGUAAAACAAUGCAAAAGCUCUCCUAUAAUGAUAAUUACCGACGCAAUCAGACAUGAGGGCGACGCAAAUAAAUCCAGGAAGGGCAGUUCCUCUUGGAAACAAAAUAAGAAAUUCCAAAAUUGUGAAAAAAAAGUAAAGUCAGCAUGAUUGCUGGAGAGAUAAACAGCACCGUUCCCUUGUCCUACUUUACGCGUAGUCAGCCCAAGUCAGCACUGGUGGAGGCCCUCGCAGUGAUUUGACCUCCUCUGCCUCCGCUUUGGCCUGCUAGCCUCUUUGUAUUUCAUGUGAAAAACCAUAACCACCUACGCAGAUUCCCCCGGAAAAUCAUGUGUUCCCUGUGUCUCCCAAAUGAUAAAGCCGUAAAAAAAAUAGAGAUUUUUUCCUCUCUUUUUUUUAGCCACAACGCACACUCAUUAUAACAACCGGGGUUGUCUUACGCAUUCAGAUAAUCUGUGCUUCUGUUUUGCUAAUACUAAGCCACUAUAUAGAAAGACGUUAAGGGAAAACAUUACUCGAUAACUGAGCAAAGAGAGGCCGUUUUCUUUGUUGUGUUCUUGGAGGAAAAGAGAAGAAUUCUUGAGGGCUUCUCCUGUCAAGCCUUUUGCUGGGGCUAAGAUUGAUCACCGCUGUUAUUUCACGACUUCGAUUCUAAAAAUAUCCACUCUUUCCCACAAUGCCCUUUUUAACUUCCAGAGUUUUUAAGUAUUACAUGUAGUGCAAAAUUAUUUUUACUUUCUCCCUUUAACCAGCAUAUUGCUGAAAUUCAUUUUAAAGUCAACAAACCCCUGUCUUGUUACACUUAUCCGAGUACUCCCAGUUGUAAACGCGACCUCUCAGUGAACUUUAGUCAGUCCAGUAAACACGACGACCAUUUUUCAAGGAGUGAAAACUUCGCACUGGUUAUAAUACAUGAGGCCCAGUCCAUAAAGAACAUAGCCAGUUUAAACACAUUGGACUAAACACGCAUUGCAUUAUUUCUAUGACCACUAAUGGCUACGUUUUAUUACAUCAUAUUUCUGAAAAUCUGUAGGCUAUUACGAUGUGAAUCACUGACCUGUAGCUCCACUUUCCGCAAUCCAAGCGUACAAACACAAAUUCAGGUUGACACUAUGCUUAGAAUGAGCUCGCUUAUGGUCAAGUAACGGGUAUUUGGCAUUAUAUCCAAGGAAGACUAAGUAGCCUCAAAAGGGGGCACGACAUUAAACAGAUUUUGUGUGGGCAAAGUUACAUAUCGACAGCUUGAUUGUCUGCUACUGUUGUCAAAACUUUGAAGAUUAAUGAUCAGUGCAUGGAAAGAUGGUGUUUGCCAUAUUGUGGAUGCGCUUUUAACAAUCACUUAAUGCGACCGAAUUACAUCACCGAGGUCCAGAAGCAAUGCGCACAUAUCUUCAUUCUUUGUCAUAAGGGUCCAUCACCCAGACACCCACACGAAACAGCUAUGACAGAACACCUGGUAAGCGGCCACCUUUUUAACGAAAUGGUUACCCCCUGCUAAUACAAACAAAUCCUGUAUCCCAAGAUAUUUUUUGAUCAGUUGGUGAAAAUAAUGCUUUCUUUUGCCACCAGGCCCCGCGUUCCCAUUGGCUAUGUUUGGUCACGUGACCAGGAAUUGGCUGCAAUUUCGCCCAUAGUCUUCAGUUUAGUAGACCAAGGUCCCCAUACGCUAGUAAUAUCACCAAUAUACACAAUUAUUAAAGCCCGCAAAUACGCCAUAGCGGGGCGCAAAUAAUCUCUCGUUUUUAUUUCUUUUUGCUGUUUGAUAUCGCCGUCCGCUUUGUGACCAAGAGAAGCUAUGAAUUUUGAAUUUGAGAGGGAGAUUGGGUUCAUAAACAGCCAGCCUUCCCUCGCUGAGUGCCUGACGUCUUUCCCCGCUGUCCUGGAGUCAUUUCAAACUUCAUCAAUCAAGGACUCGACAGUAAUUCCUCCUCCUUUCGAGCACACCAUACCCAGCUUGAGCCCCUGCACAAGCAACCAGGCGCGACCAAGGAGCCAAAAGCGCACCUCCAAUGGCCUCCAGCUCCGGACGCCGCAGCCGCAGCAGGGCCCGGUCCCGGCGGCGAGCGGCGGUACCCUGGCCCACGAGUUCCCAUGGAUGAAGGAGAAGAAAUCCUCGAAAAAGUGCACGAAACCCGGACCUGCUACAGCAGCUGCCUCAUCCCCCUCGCCUGCAUCUUCCGGGUAUGCCAACGUGGGACUGGAGUCGCCGACAGAGGCACAGGGCGGGCUGGACAACGGCAGUGGAUCCCGGAGACUGAGGACAGCCUACACCAACACUCAGCUUUUGGAGCUGGAGAAGGAGUUCCAUUUCAACAAAUACCUCUGCCGGCCACGGCGGGUGGAGAUCGCCGCGCUGCUGGAUCUAACGGAGCGGCAGGUUAAAGUAUGGUUCCAGAACCGGCGGAUGAAGCACAAGCGUCAGACGACGCACCAUCGAGAGGGCCAAGAGGGCGACCCUGGAGGGUACGAGCCUCUGGAAGGCACCGACGUCGCAUCGCCAUACUCCAGCCAGCCCCUGGAAGCGUCCGGUUCGGGUUCCGGCCCGGGUUCGGGCUCAGGCUCGGGUUCGGGCUCUGCGGCGGCAUCGGAGACCGAGACAUGCGGCUCAACAGCCUCCUACACAAACAGCAUUGACAAUAAGCAACCCACGCCCGAGGAGAAUAAGCCGAGCGGACAAGAGCCUGCAUCUGCCCCUGACACAGCUGUCCGCUCUCCCCCAUACACAACGCCCACUGCAGAUAACCCUGCAACAAUAGGCGAGGGCCGUGCAUCUGGCUCGGAUCACUCGUUUACGGAGCCACAGGACGCCGCCUCGCUACCCGAUUUAAAUUUCUUUUCUGGGGAUUCAUGCCUGCAGAUUUCGGACGCUUUGUCGCCGAGUCUGCAGAGCUCUCUAGACAGUCCAGUCGAUUUCUCCGAAGAGGACUUUGACUUAUUCACGAGCACUCUCUGUACAAUAGACUUACAGCAUUUACAGUUCUAAUGGAGGACAGUACGAACAAUUAGAGCACCAAUAACUCAAGACCAGUCGAAUCCUGAAGACUGUCGCCGUGUUAAAAUGUUUUGAAUGCUUCUCGACUGCAACAUUCCUGCAAAUUUAUAUAGAAAAUAUCCUUUCAUCUUGGGUUUAAUUAUGAAUACAAUAUUAUUGAAGCACUGAAUGGUAAAGGAGCGAACAAGUUUAUUAUUUGACAAUAUUGCUAUGUUUUAAUCCUAUCGAAAUCCCAUCCGGACUUCCCCUGUCGAAAUUUCAGGUAUUUAUCUCCUUUUAAUUUUCUGUGCUCUGUUAGUGCUCACUGCAUAACAUUUGGGAAUUUUUCCAGUUAAGCUCAAUCGUUGACUUCUCAGGAACUGUGUCAGACAUUAAGGAUAGCUGAACUGCUUUUAGAAAUUCACUCCUGGUUGGGCAUCCCUAUUGAAGAAUUUUAGAACUAGUUUAUUUAUUGAGAUUCUUUAAUAGCAAAUUUCAGAUUAUUUAUUGUACAUUAUUUUCAUAGUUGAAAUAAAAACGACCUUUAUAA